GACAGGAACGCAAUUAUCACCAACACACAUAAAGAAUUCUACAACAUCUUCGCCAUUUUUGCGCCAUUUUCUUGUUUCAAGAAACCACGCCAUAAGGGAAGUAAAGAAUAAAGUGCAAAGAAUAAAAUUUUAACUCCCUUUUUUUUCGAAAUUCAAACUAAUAAUUCUUGUGAACAAAAGUGAAUAAUUACUAAUUAAGAAUGUCUCACGGUGGAAGGAACGAAUGUAGAAUCUAUGUGGGAAAUUUACCUCCCGAUAUAAGAACCAAGGACAUUCAGGAUCUUUUUUAUAAGUUUGGUAAAGUGACAUUUGUUGACUUAAAGAAUAGAAGAGGGCCACCAUUUGCUUUUGUCGAAUUUGAAGAUUCAAGAGAUGCAGAAGAUGCGGUUCAUGCAAGAGAUGGUUAUGACUAUGACGGUUAUCGUCUUCGUGUAGAAUUUCCCCGUGGCGGUGGUCCAAGUAAUAAUUUCCGCGGUGGUCGUGGAGGUGGUGACAGUGGCCGUGGUGGUCGUGGCGAUAUGAAUAAUUCACGUGGCCGUGGACCACCAGCGCGUCGUUCUCAAUAUCGUGUUUUAGUCACUGGACUUCCUCCAUCGGGAAGUUGGCAAGAUUUAAAGGAUCAUAUGCGUGAAGCUGGCGAUGUUUGUUUCGCCGAUGUCUAUAAGGAUGGUACUGGUGUCGUUGAAUUUUUACGAUACGAAGACAUGAAGUACGCUGUAAAAAAACUCGAUGACUCUCGAUUCCGAUCUCAUGAGGGAGAAGUGGCUUAUAUUCGAGUAAAAGAGGAUCACACAGGUGGUGAUCGAGGACGUAGCGAAGAUCGAGAGCGAGGAAGGACACGUUCACGAAGUUAUAGUCCAAGACGUCGUGGUUCACCAACUUAUUCACCAUUACGACGUCAUACACGCUCUCGUUCACGUUCCAGAUCACGUUCUUACGACUAGUGUGUACGUAUAUAUUCCCCACCUGAUAAUACAACCAAUACUGAUUCAGA